AUGUUUUUCCAUGGACCUGCUGAGGCUAAUUAUACUCAACAUUAUAUUAAAGACUCAUCACAAAUUUUAAGUCAUAGAAGUUUCAAUAAGAAUCGUCCAACAGUUUUGUAUAUUUCUGGAUGGUUUAUGAAUCCCAAAUCCGAGAAUUCACAAUUUCUUAUCAAAGCUUAUUUAAAACGUGGCGAUUACAAUCUUCUAGUUCUGGACUGGGGUGAUUAUUCAGUCGGAUUUUACGAUGCAGUUAUGAUAAGAAUUUCGAUAAUAGCAAGAAUAAUUGGUGAAAGUUUCACAGAACUUUUCGAUAAUGGUUUAAAUACCAAAACAUUUCAUUGUGUCGGACACAGUUUUGGAGCGCACGCUUGUGGAAUUAUAGGACGCGAAUUGUAUCGUAAAUCGAAUCAAAAACAUAAGCUCAAUAGAAUAACCGGACUAGAUCCAGCCGGUCCCGGAUUUUUUCCUGUUGCUUCUUUUGAAAAGCCUUUAAAUAAAAACGACGCAGAGUUUGUUGAUGCCAUUCAUAGUGAUGUGUUUUUUGUAGGAACAAAAUUUACAGUUGGUCAUGUAGAUUUUUAUCCCAAUUUCAAUAUGAUGCAACCUGCUUGUCCGAGUCCAUCAGCUGAUAGCUUCUUCGACUUUGUUAAUCUAAUGUGCAGUCAUUUAAAUGCUGUUCGAUAUUUUGCUGAUUCAAUGAAGCGGGGAAAUGGAAAAUUAUUUCCAAGUCGGCAAUGUGACAGUUGGGAAGAAUUCAUUGAAGAAAAAUGUCGAACAAACACUCUCAAUUAUAUGGGAAUUCAAGCAAAUCCCAAAGCUCAA